CGAACUUGAAUACAACUCGACCUCCGAAUAUCACCUCUCUCUCCCUCCCUCCCUCCGACCUACUAUCCGAAUCUCAAAACCAACAAAAAGAAGAGAAAUAAUCGAAAAUGCCCACCCCGGAAUCCGCCUCCUUCCUGGCCAAAAAGCCCACGGUGCCGCCCACCUACGAGGGCGUCGACUUCGAAGACAACGUCGCUGUCCACAACGCCCGCGACGCCAUUAUCCGUGAACAAUGGGUCCGCAGUAUGAUGUCUCGUCUGGUCGGAGAGGAAUUGGGCAAGUGUUAUGCUCGUGAGGGUGUGAAUCAUUUGGAGAAGUGUGGGGUUUUGAGGGAGAAGUACUUUGAGUUGCUGGGCGAGCGCAAGAUUAAGGGUUACUUGUUCCAGGAGAAGAAUUACUUUGCUGGGGAGGGAAAUAAGUCUGCUUAGAUUUGAGGUUGGGGGGAUCGGGUUGAAUCGGUUUCUGUGUUAUGUUAUGUGAUAUACAAUAUAUGCAUUGUGGUUUUUCUUUCCUACUUUUACUUAUGACUUCGUCUGGGUUUGGGUUUGGGUUGUGGGGAGUUGUGAUUGUAUGAUAUGUUUUGAGAUGGGGUGGGUAUGGACUCUAUCUCUUGGUUUAUACGGGUUGCUAAGUGUGAGUGGGUUGCUGUGUC